AUGGGGUGCACUUACUCAGUGUAUAGAAAGAAGAAAUCAAGGUUCCCUGAAGUUGUGAUCUUGGCUCCAUCAACAAGAAUUCCAGUUCAAUGUGAUCUUCAAAGGGAACUCAAAGGAGUAGUCCCUAAGGAUCUUGCUCAUAAAUUGUCCUCGCUGAGAAAUCAGAUAGCAUUGGUUGCCGAAGAUACUGGUGGAUCAGCCGUUGCUGAAUUGAAGAGAGCUUUGAAUGAAUACUUAUCUCUUCUGAUUGGUCUUACCAAGAAAGAGCAUGGCCUUGAGGGACUAAUUGAAUUCAAGUGGAAAAAUCUUGAAGAUUUUCGGCAAGAUAGCAGUAUAGCAAAUGUCUGGUUUGAGAUUCUAUCUGCUGUUCAUCUUUUGGCUAUGCUGACGCUAUCCGAAGCCGAUUCGCUGAUGAUUCCGAAAGACAAUUCAGGCUCUGGAUUCAGGGUUGUAUGUUCAGAUAGCAAGAGAGAAGCAGUUGACUUGUUACUCAAGGCAUCCGGAUACCUCGAGUUCUGCGUCCGGAAUAUUCUUACCUGGAUACCCGCCGAAAUCAAGAAAGUUUUGCCCCAGGACUUGAAGGAUGGUGUAUUGGAGGCUAUAGCUAUUCAAGCAUUAGGCCAGGGAACUGAAAUUCAGCUUGGUCUUGCGGUGGAAUCUCAGAAGGCAACUUUGUCUGUGAAGAGGAGGUUGGCAUGUGAACAAUUGCUCUACUUUAGUCAGGCUUAUCAUUGCUUGACAGGAUGUGAACUCAACCAAGGCCAUGGAAAGAAGCAUCUCAAGUUCAUUAAAUGGAAAUUCCUUGAAUCCAAGGCCGCAGCAUAUUACUACCAUGGUCUGAUCCUUGACAAGGGUAACGAAGGCAGCAACAACCUCAGCGCCGUUUCUUGUUUUCUUGCGGCACAACAACUUCUGGCGGAAAGCAAGAAGGCUUGCCUUACCUUUUGUCUUGCAGCUCCAGUCACAAGGGCUCCUCCACUCUGGGGUGUUAUGAAGCAUUUACAUCAGAAAAUUCCUGAUGUUGCAUCAAGGAAAUCCCAAAUGUAUGGCUUCCUUUUGGACCAAGACAAGGGUGUUCAAGCAUUGCCAGAGUUACCUGAGUUCCAAUUGUCAUUGCGUCCAGAUGACUAUGAACUCCCAGAAAUUGAUCCAUCAUGGGACAAUACAAACUGGGGAACUCUAGGACAGCCAUUGAAAGAGCACCUUAGAGAUAGUGACGAUGAGAAAGAGAAUUCAUCAACUCAUUCAUUUCAUAUAGGACCUGCUUAAAUUCUUAUAUACUUGCUAACAUUUUAAUUACUAUGCAAAAAUCAGGGCCAUUAUUCACAUUAUGGCUCCUAAAUCCUACAAUAGUAAGACAUAUCAAAAGGAUAUUUCUCUUAUUUAUAUAUCUUACCAUUUA